ACAUUCUCCCUCGUCCUCGUCCUCUCCCACAAUGACUCCACCCAAUCUGUCUCUCCCUCCCCUCCUCUCCUCUCUUUUCUCUCUCAUCAACGGACUUGCUGGGAGAAGCUGGAGAAGAAGAAGACGAGGAAUACAAGGGACUGUCCAGACAUUUCUUCGACCUCAUACACCUAUGCUGCGGGAUGGAGGAAGCUAACAUUGAAGGGACCAGCCAGCCCUCAAUUGCUCCUGCAUCUUCCGAUUUGCCGGGAAGCCCGGCCUACCCGGCACCUAUAGCUCCAUCCAGCUCUCGCGAAACUUCUCAAGGCGGUCAGUCUCAGCAACGAAUUGGGCAAGAUGAAAUGCAAGGGCAAAACAGCAGCUAUAAAGCGUCAGAGAUCGCUAGUCGCUUCAUUGAGGUCAUUGAUGAAAAGUCGCACAUCGACACCGCGGCGCCGAUCGAUUCCGUUAAAGGCGCCGUGAGCAAAUUCGGAGGGAUCCUUGAUUGGAGAGAGAGACGGAAGCAAGUCCAGGAUGAGCUCGACAAGGUGCAGGCAGAGGUCACCGAGUACCAGAAGAGAUCACAGGAGGCAGAGGCCGGCAAGGCGCAAGUUCUACAAGAGCUGGGCAGCACGGCGAGAGUGGUCGAUGAGCUAAGGCUGAGCCUGGAGAAAGCGCAGACCGAGGAGGUGCAGGCGCGGCAGGAAACGGAGCUCACCGAGCUGCGCUUCCGGGAGUUGCAGCUGGGCGCCAGCGACAGCGCAGCGGCGAAGGCGGAGCUCGACGUCGUGAUGGACCGCCGCGCGGCCGCGCUCGCAGAACUGCAGUCGGCGCGAGCGGAGCUGGAGUCGCUGGAGAAGGAGCGCACUGCAGCCGCGGCCGAGGCGGACGCCGUGAAGGCACAAGCGCGGGAGACCGCUGCGGCGUCACAGGAGGCCGGGAAGGCCGUCGAGGACCUCGCCGCCGAGCUCAUUGCACUGAAAGGGGAGCUGGAAUCUUCACGCGCUGCUCACGACGAGGCGGAGGCGAAGAGGAUGAUACUGGCUUUGGAGUUGGAGCAAGACAAGGCGCAAUGGCAGACCGAACUGGAGGAGGCUGAGCAGGAGGCGAAGAAGCUGAGGGGUGAGCUAAUGGCGGCCAAUGAUCUCGAGUCCAAGGCGGCGUCGGCUUCUGAACUGAUGGCUAGCUUGAAAGCCGAGCUAUUCGCUUGCGCCGUCGAAGGAACACUGGGCGAGGAUGAGAAGCCGACGGUGAGCUCCCAGGCGAUGCUGGAGAAGACCAAGAAGGAGCUCGAGGACGUAAAGGCCAGCGUCGAGAGGGCCAAGGACGAGGCCAAGUGCCUGCGCGUCGCCGCCGCCUCGAUGCGCGAUGACUUAGAGAGGGAGAAGGCGGAGCUCGAAGCGAUGCAGCGGAAGGAAGGACUCUCGUCAGCGUCCAUCCCUUCCCUCGAGGAGGAGUUGAGCCGGGUUACCUCCGAGCUCGCCGUGUCGGAGGCAAGAGCAAGGGAGGACAAAGACGAGAGCAAGAUGACUGAGCAGGUAGGCGAGGCGCGGCGACAAGCGGAGCAAGCGAAGGCAAAGGCCCGAUCGGCUCGCGAGGAGGUUACAAAGGCCAGAGAAGAGGCGGGCGUGUCCAAGGCCGCCGUCUGCGCCAUGGAGGCUCGGCUGGAGGCGGUGACGCGGGAGAUACUCGCCGCGAACACGUCGGAGGAGAUCGCCACGACCUCAGCAAGCGCGUUGCUGCAAGAAAGCAAGCCGGCAAGAAGGUUGAAGAGCCUGGGCCUCGAAGGGGGCGUGACACUGACGGUGGAGGAGUAUGACGAGCUGAGCCGGAGGGCGCAGGAGAUGGAGGAGGUCGCCGGCAAGCGGGUGAUCGAGGCGGUGAAGCUCAUCAAGGAAGCCAAGGAUGCGGAGGUGCGGAGCCUGGAAAAGCUGGCGCAGCUCGCGAAGCAGACAGAACAGAGGCGGCAGGCGCUGCAGGCUGCGACAGAGGAGGCCGAGGAAGCGGAGUUUGGCAAGCUCACGGCGGAGCGGGAGCUCAGGCAGUGGCGCGCCGAGCACGAGCAGCGGCGGCGCGUGGCCGGCGAGACCGACUCUCCCCGUACGGGCCUCGCCGAGAUCUCCGUGCUCGACGACCCGGGCGCCGGUGACGGCCGCGGGAACCCCCACAUACUCAGUCCGAGAGGGUACAUGCCAAGGCCCGACGUGACGGGGUCGGCGGCUGAGGCGGAGGCGAGGCAGAGGAAGACAUUCUUCCCGCGGAUGGUCAUGUUCUUGGCGCGAAAGAGAGCUCAGUCUUGGAAGUGAUCCACGGCUCCGUGUCCUUUUGCUUCUCUUUUGAUUUGUACAUGGCAUGCUCAGAUGUCAGAUCAGAUCAGAUGGAUGAUACGACAUUUGUAGCUUGUAUUGAUCAAGACGGAUCAUAAAAUUUUGACU